AUGGAACAACUUUCGGAAGAGCAAUCUAAGUUACUGUCUUCAAAGGAGUGGCUGGUGAAAGUUGACAGCCAGAAAUCGACACCUUAUCUCUUUAAAUUUCACUCCUCGAAAAUUGACCAAUCAUGUUUACUUAUGAUCACAGAUACGAAAUCCGUCUGGACAGAAGUUAUUUCCAACAGUCAAAUUGCUCGUCGAUGGAGAGCAUGUAACAAGGUAGAAUCAUUCGUGGCAAAUACAACUGAAGAAGAAGAAGCGGAAAAAGAAUGGCGAUUGAUUGUAAUCGAAAACCUCUCGAAAAUCCAUACUCCGGGUGGUAUGGAUGAUGCUUCGUUCGAAGUUGUAGAGUCUCGUUCUUCGGAUUUUUCCUUUGAAAUCGAUUGCGAAGGAUUCAAAUGGACUUGGGAAACUUGUUUUAUUGGAUACAGGAAUUCUGCCGAGAUCAUCUCAAAGCAUCUUGUACUGCCUCUCAUAAGUGUCAGUCAUACAGCAUUUUCCGCGGGUAAACCAGUGGGAGAAAUGGUGGAAUCAGAGCUUGAAAAGGCAAUAGAUGCUGUUGGACGAGCUGCUCGGAGGAGCAUCGACACUCACGUAAAAAAUGCGAUUUCUAAACCUCGAAUGAAUAGUAGUAUCCGACGAAUGUCUGCCUUGUUUAACUUAGUCGAUCAUCUGCCACCCAUAUCUUUCACGAACGAAGAAAUCAAGUUACAAGUCACAUACCCACCGCGUCCCAGGGUGCAAGUCCGUUCACCAUCUCCGACGAAAGUUCGCAGUGUUUCUCCGGGUCUCAUGGAACAACCCAACCUCGCGAAAACACCGCCGAAACCGCCUUCUCCUUCUUUUGUUCUUCGCGAACCUUCCGACAACCCGCUAAAACAUCAUUCUGCAGAAGAUUCAGCCACAGAAUCUGAUGAUGACGAACCUGAUAACGAUGAACCUUUACCAAAAGUUAUCCCGGUGGCGGCUGCUUCCACGUCUUCCAUUCCACCCCAGCGUGAUUUCAGACACCAGUCCUCAUCGCCUGCGAGACUGAUCCCGAAGGCACCACCUUCAUCAGAUUCCUCACCUGUUCGACCGGCUACGAAGAAAAAAAAGAAGGACACUUCCUCCAGUGAAGAUAGUGAGGAGGAGCGGAGGAAACGCGUCGCUAAACUUAAAAGUGGGACUGCUGGUACCCGAGGAGGUGUUAGGCAGCCUCUGAAGCGAGGGGGAAAACGAUUCUGA